AAAAGCUCUCUCCCUGUGUAUUGAACGCUAUACCCUUUUUUGGUAUGUUGCUUUUCAUACACAAGACUGGCGCAGCCCGAGCUUGAAGUCUUAUAUUUGUCACUCCCUUUCACCAAGAAAAAUGUCCAAGUCACUGAAGAAAAUUGUAGACGAGACUCGAGAAAAAAACCUCCCAGAAGUGGAGAUGUGCGACAGAGGCAUUUCGAACAUGUUGGAUGUACCAGGAUUGUUCACUUUGUCCAACAUCACUCAGUUGGUCCUCAGCCACAACAAGCUCACAGUGGUUCCUGCUAACAUCUCAGAGCUGAAAAAUCUGGAGGUCCUGAACAUGUUCAACAACCAGAUUGAAGAGCUGCCAACUCAAAUUAGUAGUCUUCAGAAGUUGAAAUACCUUAAUCUUGGAAUGAACCGCCUUUGCAACUUGCCUAGAGGCUUUGGUUCCUUGCCAGCACUUGAAGUUUUGGAUCUAACCUACAAUAAUAUGAACCAUAACUCCCUGCCUGGAAAUUUCUUCUACCUCACAACACUUCGUGCUCUGUAUCUGAGUGACAAUGACUUUGAAGUCCUGCCAGCUGACAUUGGGAAGCUGGCAAAGCUGCAAAUAUUGAGUCUUCGGGAUAACGAUCUUAUCUCACUGCCAAAGGAGAUUGGGGAAUUGGUUCAACUCAAGGAGCUUCACAUCCAAGGCAACAGACUGACUGUCCUUCCACCGGAACUUGGGAAUCUGGAUCUGACUGGACCAAAGCAGGUUUUCAAAGCAGAAAACAAUCCCUGGGUCACUCCCAUUGCCGAUCAGUUUCAACUCGGAGUCUCCCAUGUGUUUGAAUACGUUCGCUCUGAGACCUACAAAUAUCUCUACGGUAGACACAUGCAGGCCAACCCGGAACCUCCUAAGAAGAACAACGACAAAAGUAAAAAGAUCAGCCGGAAACCACUGUCAGCAAAAAACAAAUGAAAGUAAAAGAGAAAUGAUGGUGGUUUGACACAACUGUCCAUUUCCAAACCAUUUGUAUUACAAUAAAAUGUAUCUAAUAUCUUGUCUUACAUGUAGUCAAAAACUAAGUACCAUAUUUUCCAGACUAUAAGGCGCACUUAAAAUGCUUGUUUUCCCUCAAAACUCGACUGUGUGCCUUAUAACCCGGUGCGCCUAAUAUACGGAAUACGUUUGGUUGAGCUUACCCACCUCGAAGCUAUUUUAUUUUUUACAUGGCGUAAUGAUAAAUGUGACCAUUAGAUGGCAGUCAAACAUGAGAGAUAUGUGUAGACUGCAAUAUGUCUCAAGUAAACACCAACAUUUUAAAUGUUCCAUUAAAAAUAUAGAACAUUACACACGGCGCUCAAAAAUCUAUCAACAUUUUUUAAUAUGACUUUGGUAAGCUAUGAAGUGAAGUGAAUUAUAUUUAUAUAGCGCUUUUCUCUAGUGACUCAAAGCGCUUUACAUAGUGAAACCCAAUAUCUAAGUUACAUUUAAACCAGUGUGGGUGGCACUGGGAGCAGGUGGGUGAAGUGUCUUGCCCAAGGACACAACGGCAGUAACUAGGAUGGCGGAAGCGGGUAUUGAACCUGCAACCCUCAAGUUGCUGGCACGGCCGCUCUACCAACCAAGCUAUGAAGCCACACCGCUUGAUGGAUUGUACUGUGCUUCAACAUACGAGUAUUAUUAUGGUGUGUGUAUAAGGUAAUAUUACCUGGCGUUUUGUUUCGCAAUAUAAUGCAAAAGCAACUUUUCUUACCUUCUGGUACCUGCUGAUCUGUAUUUGGGAUCUGCAUAAAUCCUGAAAAAUUGCGCACGUUCGCGCCAACGCCGUGGUCGAUAAGGUUCUUAUUUUUCCUCUAUCUUGUUAUGUGACAUUCAUCCACCGCUGUUGCCAUUUCUAAUAUAAAGUAGUGUAAAGUUCUUAUUUAUAUCUGUCAGUAAAAUCGCCAUUAAAGCUCUAAAACAUA